GCCAGUGAAGUCUGGAAACAGCGCCACAAUUAAAUUGCAGUCAGUUUUGCUUUUUGUGGAUUGCUUGCCGUUAAGAUUUGUUGAAGUACAAUCCGAUAAACGAGAGUCAUCUCUAAGAAGCGGCAAUUUUUUCUAAACUUCCAGUUACCAUCUUACAGACUCAAGUUCCGUCGCGUUUGUGAAGCUAACAAAGUGCUGAUGCGGUCCGAGCGGUCAGCUAACGUAGCAGAUAAACGUUAGCAAGUGUUUUUGAUCGAGCGCUUAUUUUCCGCGCAUAAGUUCGUUCUGUCGGUCAAAGCAGAGAUGAGCUGCUCGGUGAACCUCCAGGCUAUGCCGUGUGGAGUCUUCGAGAAGGUUUUAACCCCGGAGAAUGUGAGAGGAAGAGCCUCGGUGAACUCUCUCACUCAGCUGAGUUUCCCCAAAUCCAGAUCAGCUCUGUGGGACAGCAGCCCUGCAGGAGAGAAGCUCCGACUCCAACUCUGCUCGCACAGGAAACCUCGGCUGGUGCUGAUGGAGAAAGCACUUCGUCUGGCACAGCGUCACGCCCGUCACUCAAACAAGCCCCGCCUCCACUGUUUCUUCCUGGGGUCGGUGUCUGUCAGCUCAGAUGAGGAGGGGAUCACAGUGACUCUGGACCGGUUUGAUCCAGGUCGGGACCAGGCCGGUGCCUCAGGACGGGUUCCUUCUGCUCUGCUGCCUGGAGACGUCUUGGUUCCCUGUUUGUUCUCCACUGAGACUGAGAUGAUGCCCGAUGCUGUUGUCCAAUCAGAGGCUGAGCUCCAUCACUGCUUUAAGUUGUUGCAGCAUUUUGUGAGCAGCAGACAGACUCUGGAUCUGUGUCAGCUGUUGAAGGUCAGAGGUUGUGUGGUCUACUCUCAGCAGUCUGAUGCUGCAAUGUUCAGCCUCAGCUGGUCAGUUGUCUAUCCGUCCGUCAGUGUGGACGUGGAGCCAGUCAGAGUGAUUCCUAUCAUCCCCACCGCCCUGCUGAGGAGUCUGACCAGCAUCAACCAACCGCGAGCCGUGAGCCGUCAGAGAGGAUUUCUGACCAUGGAUCAGACCAGGAAACUCCUGCUGCUGCUUGAGUCUGAUCCUAAAGCCUCCAGCCUGCCGCUGGUCGGAAUCUGGCUGAGUGGAGUCACGCACAUCUACAAUCCUCAGGUGUGGGCCUGGUGUCUGAGGUUCAUGUUCAGCCUCUCCCUCCAGGACAGAGUUCUGUCAGAAAACAGCUCUUUCCUCCUCGUUUUGUUCGGUUCGACUCACAGAGCUCCUCAGUUCUACCAGUGUCGAGCUUCCAGACCAGGACCACAGCUGGACUGCCAGCUGCUGACUGCCUCUCAGUCAUACUCAUACUACCAGCAGGUGGCGUCGGUGGACGGCCAGAGUCUUCAGUGUGAACUGAGUUCAGAGAUCAACAGCAGACAGAUGGAGACCUUCAGAGAGGCUCAGAGCACUUUCACCAGCGCCUCCACUCCCAUCGCUGGUCGUUCCGUUAGUGACCAAGACUCUGGAGUUGAGGAUGAAGACCUUUCUCCACGACCGUCCCCAAGUCCUCACCCGCCGGCUCAGCAGACUCACAGAGUUCAGCCGUCUGUUCCCGAACUCUCUUUGCUGAUUGAUGGCAGCUUCACCUCUAGUCACAACACUGGUCAGGACUCCGGCUACGCCCACAGGCCUUCUUCAGCUUCCAGGAAGUCUGCUCCUCCAAGUGGACCCACCGCUGCCUCCUCUUCAGCACCCAGACCCACUCAUCAUCCUCCCCCUCCCCCUCUCCAUCCUCCUCCUCCCCCUCUCCAUCCUCCUCCUCAUCUCCACAGCACCCCCAACUCCAACCUGCAGCAGCUCUGCACCUGCUGUUCCAACCACACCUAUGACUGCACCACCAUCUCCUCCUCCCCAGGGCUCCUCCCUGCUGCUGCUCCACCUGUCUCGCAUCACAACAUUGCUUCACCCAGCAGCCAUCCAGCUACUCUUUCUGCUCCUCCUGGCUCUGCCCGCCAACCUGUUGUUCCACCCAUUAGUCACCAUGCUCCUCCUCCUGCCCUUCAUCAUACUUCCCCUCCACCCUCCUCCACCCACCGCCAUACUCCUCCUCCUCCCAGCUCCUCCCCUUUCUGUCCCUGCAGCCACCCUCCUCCUCCCCUGUGGUGUGUUGACUCCCUCACUCCUCACCCCUCAUGUCUAGCAGGAGCAAACCCUGUGUCUCCUCCCGGGCUCCCCCGUCCCUCCUAUGUGAAUCAGUGCAGUGAUCAAAUGGGAGGAAUGGGACUGUCGGACACUUACCAGCUGCUCCUCCACCAGGACCACCAGCUACGCCUCCUGCAGGCUCAGAUCCAGAUGCUGCUGGAGGCUCAGGGGAAGCUUCAGUCCUCCAGCAAGCAGGCAGACACUCAGACACCUAAGAGCACAGCUAGCGUUGCCGUGGGCACAGGUGCCAGUUUGUUUUGGGGGGAUCCAGUACAGCCUCUUUCUCAGGAGGAGGUACAGGCUUCUCCUCGCUCUUCUCCUAGCCCCCUCUCCUCACCCAAAACACCCUCUUCGAUCAUCUCCAGCCCUUCAGCCUCUUCACAUGGCCUGUCUGCCAACAGACCUGUGGGUGGGGCUGAGGACAGUGACAUCAGAGGUCAGACGGCUUCCUUCCCCCCAUUUGGUAAAGACAGCAUCAGUGGUCUGCAGAGUCCAGUUCUGGGAGAAAGUGUCAGCAUGUACAGACCUGCAGAGGAGCAGCAGGGUUUCUACCACAACCUCAUGACUCAGCUGACCAGUCGCCUCCAGGAGUCAGACAGUAUAGAGGAAGAGGAAGUGGAAUCGCAGAAGAAGAGUGUCUCUGUGGUUUCCGACCACUCCAAGUACUCUCAGCCCUCUGAGUCCUCUCUGUCCACCAGGAGGAAGCAGCAGCAGACUCCAGUAGGAGACCCUGUGGUCAGUGCCACUCUGCGACAGCUGCAGCAGCUCGGAGUCGACAUGGACAAAGAAGAUCUGACAGAGUUUGACAAAAACCGACUCAAAGCUGUGGAGAGUGCCAGCACUCUGGCGAGCAUCAACCCAGCAGCGGUCCUCUCCAGGCUGAGUAUGCCUGAACAGUCGACUCUGUUCCCUGGAGGCAGCGUGGAUCUGAGUCUGGAGGCCAACGCCAUUGCCCUGCGCUACCUGAGUGACUCUCAGCUUAGCCGGCUGUCACUGGGAGGACAUAUCCCCCAGUGUGGCCCCACCUCCUCCUCCAGUGACUACCUGCUGUCGCCUAGCAACAUGUCGCUGGCCACCAGGAAAUACAUGAAGAAAUACGGCUUGAUCGAGGAGGAGGGGGGAGAUGAAGAUGAGGAGGAGGAGGAGCACAAGGAUCUCAGAAUUCAGGAGCCGUCAGAGUGCCACCCGCUGGCUGAAGCUCUGAAUGUAAAAGUCCUUCCACAGAGUCAGCUGAUCCGGGACCUGCGGCCAAAAAUGCAGCUUUUAGCAGUCAGCACCAAACCAAACAUGAGUGACGGAGAGAACAGGCACCCAUAUGUAGUCAGGGCCAGCAGCCAUCACACAGAGGGAUCAGUAGGUAACAUCCUGGACCUGAGCCGCUUGAGGCAGCUUCCAAAACUCUUCUGAUGCCAAAACACCAGACAACCAACCCGUCAUUGGACAGAAAGGGAGUUUUUAAAAACUGUUACAUUGUAAAUGGAGUUUUGUCGAUAGCACUUAGUGCAUGAACACUCCGCUGCUCUGACCGAGGUCCUGGUUUUACUGGAAAUCUGCUGCCUGCAUUCAGAAGGAGCAGCCAUCAGCCAGGUGGUUUGGUGAAAAACGACCUGCCCAGUUCAAAAACUGCUGUUUCCUAAAUGUGAUCUGGUGUGCCUCAGAGGUUUGGAGUGAAAACUGUUGAUACCAGGUCAGGUCGGGAUUUUCAUGGUCACGCUGGUUUUAACUGGAAGUCUGCCAUCUUUUGUCAAAGGGAUCAUCUGUCAUACAGAGGUCUGAAUAGGAACCAUCCGGGACCUGAACCUGGAACUGGCUAGCUGAUUUUAAAAACGGCUACAUUAUAGAUGGAGCCUGGUGUGUGUGUUAGUGACUCACUGGUUUUACUGGUUGUCACGUUUAGUUUAGCGGACGUUUGUGUGUGUUAAUGAGAUAUUUAGUUUUUCAUUAUCCUUCAAGUCCUGUUUGUAUCUGAAAUGUCUUUUGCACAGUUUUUAUAUUUAUGAUUCCACAAAUAAAAUUUGCCACUAAG